UCAACUCUACCUGAAUUCCCAAAAGCCGAUACUCCCACGCCGGCUCAUAAUGUAGUUAGCUCUGUACCCAAGUCUUUAAAGGCCGAUAUUAAGUUAAUGGAGAACAAUAUAUUACCCGAUAUAUCCGGUACGCAUACAAGCUCGGAUGUGCCAUUGAGUAUGCCCAUGAGUAUGCCCAAGAGCACUACUGAGACAAUAAUUUACCUACUUGCAAAAUGCGGUGGUACCACCGCGCUCCGUGAGUGA